UGUGUUUUCAUAAAUUUUAUUUUGUUUAGUGUAGUGCACGUGUGUGAAAGAUUAUUAAGAUUUUGAAGAAUUAUUAAGUUUUUGAAAAAUAAAUUACAAAAAAUGCCACCAGUAAAGAAACAAAAAACAAAUAAAUCUCCCCAAACUAAUGGAAAAGAAAAGAAGCAGGCUAAAAGUGCUGGUGAAUCCGUAGUAUCGGGACAGUUACAAAAGAAAAUCAAUAAAGGUCAACCCAAGAAAGAUCCAAAGGGUGUUGUUUUUAUCAAACAUUUGCCACACGGUUUCUUUGAGGAGCAGCUGAAAAAAUACUUCGAACAAUUCGGAAAUGUAACCCGUGUACGAUUGGCUCGCUCCAAACGCACUGGCAACAGUAAGGGCUAUGCCUUUGUCGAAUUUGAGUACCCCGAAGUAGCUGAAGUUGCCGCCGAAACUAUGGAUAAUUAUCUGAUGUUUAAAAAAAUUGUCAAGGCAACAUACAUACCACCAGAGAAGCAACAAUUCAAUUAUUUCCGUACUUCUUUGAAGAAAAUUAAGAAUAAAUCAGGAAAAUAUGUAUGGGUAUCGUCUAAAACUGCAGCUAUUCAACAAAAAAUGAAGAAACACAAUGAUUGGUCUGAAGAAAACUAUCAGAAGCGCACACAAAAACAAUUAGCAAAACUACAAAAGAUUGGUGAAAAAUAUGCUCAUCUUGGAAUUGAUAUUAACGAAAUUAUAGCAAAACCCAAGGUCUUAACAGACGGAGAGAAAAAGGCAAAAGGUAAAUCCGCUAAAGAAGAAGAAAAAACUGCAAGUAGCUCAAAAGCUAUGAAAAGAAAAACCACAAGUGAAGAUACCACUUCCAAAAAACAACAUAAAUCGAAGAAAAAGGUGGCGCUUGAAGACCUUUUGGGAAAUACUAUACAAGAAGACUCCGAUGAUGAAGACUACAUAGCUAUGGCUGAAGACAGUGAAGCCGAGGAUGCUGAAGUUGAUGAGAAUUCAUCAGAUGAAGAAACUUAUGGCUUCACUAAAGGUUCAGAUAACGAAGAAGAAGAUGAAGAAAGCGAAAAUGAAAGCGCCGAAGAAGAACCAGUUCCAGCUGUUGUUAAAAAACCCAAAAAGAAUUUUGGCAAAUCUUUAAAAUCUUCGAACGUUGAACGUUUCGAUCAAAUGUUAAAGCGUAAACCACACACUGGUGGUAUUAGCAAAUUUAAUAAGAAAUCUUUAAAGCAACCUUCCGCAGUUUCGAAAAAUAAGAGUGCUUUACAAAUGAAUGCAGCCAAAGAAGUGGCUAAACCACUUUCAAAAGUUAAGAGCGGUAAAUUGGGUAAACCAUUAAAGUCUAAUAAAAAUCUGAAGAAAGUAAAAUAAUUGAAUAGUUUUGUAAGAUUUACAAAUAUUCGCCAACUUAUAUUAAUUAAUAAAAAUUAGUAUGUAUAUGAAAAA